AUUAUUUUUUUUGGCCUCCUUUUCUUACAAAACACUCCUCGUUUGCUUGCAACAAGACCACACCACCUCAGUCCACCAAACGCUGCUCCACCCCGCGCGCUGCGACGACGACCAUGGACGCCACCACCGCCAAGCGCAAGCGCCCGGCUGCCCCCGACAUCCCAGGCGCCGCCGCAGACGACUCCCCUACGACCGUCGACGAGGUCUCCGACGCCGAGGUCGAGGAGUUCUACGCCAUCCUCCGCCGCAUGCGCGACGCCACCCGACAACUCGGCGGCGCGGGCGCGGCAGCCCGAGCUCCCGGCCCGCGCGCCCCGGCGUGGCGACCCAGCUUCUCCUGGGAGGACUUCGCCGACCCGCCGCCGCCGAAGCCGCACCCGCACCCCGUCGACGAGCGCGUCGCCGAGAACGCCACCCCGCCGCGGCGGCCGGCGGGCCUCGACCUGAACGUGGAGCCGCCGUCCGACGCCGCCCCCGCCGCGCCGGCCACCCCGCGCUCGGCGCGCGCCCCGGCAUAGCCCGGCCGCGCGCCACGAGGAGACGACGAGCGCGCGCUGCUCACUGCUCACCCCUACUGAUUACUACUACUCCUCCGCACUAGUAGCUAGCUAGGAGCAGCUGCAGUGCAAGCACGGUGAAGCUGGCGAUCGAUGCAUCCAUGGCGCUGCCUGCCAUUCCUUCCUCCUCGUGUGUGAACAGGUGAGACGUGAUUAAUCAGUCGCUCUUGCUGGGGAAGAAGAAUCCCAUUAUUGGUCUCAUCAAUCAUGGUCAUGGAUGUACCAUAAUGUAACAGAGCAAAAAAAAAUUGACUUGUUAAUUAAUUACCACUAUUAUUCCUCCUGUAA